UUCCGGUCGCCGUCACUCGCGGGCUUGCGCGGCAUCACCUCCGGUACUCGGCCACUCGCAGACGCCAGCAGCGGACUCGGGGAGACGCGGGCUCUGCCAGACGCCAGCGCCGCCGACCGAGCCAGCGUGGGCCGCGCCUCCUCGCCAUGGGCCCCCUCUCGGCGCGGCUGCUGAUGCAGCGCGGGCGACCCAAGAGCGACCGGCUGGGGAAGAUCCGGAUCCUGGACCUGUCCGGGCUGAAGCUGAUCUCAGAGCACUUGGACCCCAAGCUCAUGUGCCGCCUGACGCAGCUGCAGGAGCUGGACCUCUCCAACAACCAGCUAGAGACGCUGCCUGACAACCUGGGCCUGUCCCACCUGCGCAUCCUCCGCUGUGGUAACAACCAGCUGAGGGAUGUCACCGCCUUGUGCCAGUUCCUGCAGCUCGAGGAGCUCAGCCUGGAGGGCAACCCCUUCCUGACAGUCAAUGACAACCUGAAGGUCUCCUUUCUCCUGCCCAAGCUUCGUAAGGUCAAUGGCAAAGAUGCAUCCUUGGCUUGCUCUCAGGUGGAGAACCUGAACCGGGAACUGACUAACAGGGUCACAGCUCACUGGGAGAAGUUCAUGGCUGCAGUGGGCCCUGAAGAGAAGGAUGAGAAGGCCCAGGCGGACUUUGUGAAGUCUGCCGUCAGGGAUGUCCGCUACGGGCCUGAGUCCCUCAGCGAGUUCACCCAGUGGAGGGUACAGAUGAUCUCUGAGGAGCUGGUGGCCUCCGGUGGGACCUUGGUACAUGAGGCAGACAACCCACAGAGGCACCCAAAAGCUGCAGCUGCCCACAAGCCCAGGGCCAGGCUGGUGGCCUUGAAACGGCCAGAUGAUGUCCCACUCAACCUGUCUCCCAACAAGCGGGCGUGUGCCUCCCUGUCAGCCCAGGUGGAGGGCAGCCCUGUGGGCUCCAAUGGUGGCCAGCCUGCCCCGAAGCUGGAGCCCCUGCACUUCCUACAGUGCCACAGUAAGAACAACAGCCCCGAUGACCUCAAGACCCAACUGUGGGCCUGCGCCUUUGAGCCGGCCUGGGAGGAGGGGGCCACGUCUCAGACGGUGGCCACGUGUGGUGGGGAGGCCGUGUGCGUGAUAGACUGCCAGACGGGCAUCGUGCUACACAAGUACAAGGCACCAGGCGAGGAGUUCUUCUCUGUGGCCUGGACAGCCCUGAUGGUGGUCACGCAGACGGGCCACAAGAAGCGCUGGAGUGUGCUGGCAGCCGCGGGCCUGCGGGGCCAGGUCCGUCUGCUGCAUGUGCGGGCUGGCUUCUGCUGCGGAGUCAUCCGGGCCCACAAGAAGGCCAUCGCCACUCUCUGCUUCAGUCCCACCCACGAGACCCACCUCUUCACGGCCUCGUAUGACAAGCGGAUCAUCCUCUGGGACAUUGGGGUGCCCAACCAAGACUACGAAUUCCAGGCCAGCCAGCUGCUCAUGCUCGACACCACCUCCAUCCCGCUGCGCCUCUGCCCUGUCGCCUCCUGCCCGGAUGCCUACCUGCUGGCUGGCUGCGAGGGGGGCUGCUGCUGCUGGGAUGUGCGGCUGGACCAGCCCCAGAAGAAGAGGGUGUGUGAGGUGGAGUUCGUCUUCUCUGAGGGCUCCGAGGCAUCUGCACGGAGAGUGGAUGGGCUGGCAUUCGUGAAUGACGAUGUUGUGGCCUCCAAGGGGAACGGCCUGGGCACCAUCUGCCUAUGGAGCUGGAGGCAGACAUGGGUGGGUCGGGGCCACCAGUCCACAGUGGCAGUGGUCGUCCUGGCCCGGCUGCAGUGGUCCCCAACCGAGCUGGCCUACUUCUCGCUCAGCGCCUGCCCUGAUGAGGGCAUCGUGCUGUGUGGGGAUGAGGAGGGCAGCGUGUGGAUCUACGAUGUCAGGAGCAUCCUGAAGCAGCCUUCCCCGCUGCCAGCUGCCCCGCAGGCCCCCACGCAGAUCCUUAAGUGGCCACAGCCCUGGGCCCACAGCCAGACGGUGACCAAGACCAUGGUGAACACGGUGGUGGCCAACCCCACCUUUACCUACCUCACCGCUCUGACGGACUCCAACAUUGUUGCCAUCUGGAAGAGACAGUAGCCUCUGACAGGAGCUCUUGCCUCUACCACAAAGCACCAGGGACACAACUUAACUUAUUCAGCUUUUGCGCUGGCAGUGGUGGUCUUUUUACCAGUGAAUAUUUGUAUUAAAUUCUACUGUGGACGAGA